AUGUCGGGUGAUACCGAUAAAGCAAAAAUCAGUGAUAAUCAGGAUGAAGACAAAAAGUCCGGCGCUGGCGACGGCCAGACGACGGAAGACGAGUCGUCCCAGGAUUCCAAGGGUGAGUCGGCUGCGGUCCCAGAGGCGCAAGGUAACGCGUCCGUAGAUCAAGUUGACGACAGUGCACCCCCAGAAGGUGACGCAAAAUCAACGACGGCAAACGGCAAAGAUGACUUAGCUGGUGACGACUCCAAAGAUGAAAAGCCAUCUAAGGCGGAAGACAAAAAGGAGGAAAAUGGUGAGACACACGAAGAUGAUGACAAGGAAGAUGUAAAAGAGAACGACAAAGCAGCUAAAAAACCUGCCGCUAAGAAAAAACCUAAGAAAGAGGACACAGAAGAGGAAGACGAGGAGGAUGAAGAAAUGGACGAAGAGGAAGAGGAAGAAGGUGAAGAGGGGGAGGAGGACGAAGAAAAGAAGACCAAGCCUAAGGUAAAGAAACCGGCAAAGAAAGUAAAAGACGGUGACGAGGAGGGUGAAGAUGACGAAGAAGAAGGCGAGGAGGAGGGUGAGGAAGAGGAAGAGGAGGAGGAAGAAGAGGAGGCGCCGAAACCUAAACCUAAAAAAGAGCCCACCGAACCUCCAGUGCCACUCCCAGCUGGCAAAGGUAUUCCUCUUGGGCACAUUAGUAAUGUGGAAGUAUCCCUAUCAAGGUUUAAGACGCAAGACCAGAAACUUUUACAUCAGUAUCUGUAUGGGCAAUUGUGUCUGGACCGCAAUGUUAAACGUAAUAUAAAGAAGUUCAAGGGCUACGAGUGGGCAAUUGGCUCCUCCGACUAUAAGGCAAAGCUUGAAGAGACGACCAAGAUGGAGCCCAAGCAGAUACGCACCAUGUGCGAGAUGCUCGAUCUCGAUAAGAAAGGUGGUCCGUCGGAAUUGGCAGCCCGGCUAGUCGGUUUCCUACAGUGUCCAACAGCGAAUUCGCCCCACGCCCGGGGCGUAGCUCGACCGCCGCCAGCUGCCGCUGCAACGCCUGGCGGAAGACCGAGGAGGUCGGCAGCCGUCAAGAUUCAUAACCGAGGCUAUUCAGAUGAAGAAUAUGAAUCAGAUCCGGAAACAAAAGUCAAAGGACCAAAGCCACCUAAAGAUGGCUCCGAAGAUUCUGACGGUUCAUUCAACCCAAGUGGAUCUGAAGCGGACUCAGACUUCGACCCCGAAGGCGGUGAGGUCGUCCCGGGACCCGGACGCAAGCGCAAGAGUAGCGGAAGACGUCGGUCGUCCGGAAAGGCUGGCAAGAAGGGCAAGAAAGGGAAGGGACGUGGCAGGCCGAGCAAAGGCCGUGGCCGCAAGGCGAAAUCUGAGAGUGAGGAUGAAAGUGAGAAGUCGGAGAGUGACAGCGAAGGAGGAGAAUCUGGCAGUGAAGGGGAGGAGUCUGAUGAGCCGAAGUCAAAACGCGGUCGGCCGAGCGGAUCAGUAGCGAGAGGGCGCAAGGGCCCAGUCGCCAAGACACAGAAGGCGACGCCCGCUAAACGGAAACCCGCCUCACCGCCUGCUAAAAAGAAGGGUGGUAAACCUGGCCGACCACCGGGCAAGAAAGGCAAGAAGGCCUCCUCGGACGAGGAGUCUGGCGAUGGAAGUGAGGAGGAGGAGGAAGAAGGGAGCGAAGAGGAAGAGAGUGGGGAGGAAAGUGACGGACCAGCUGACAAGAAGGCAAAGCGACCGCCCACUGACGACGAGAUAAAGAAGUACGUGAAGCAGAUCCUAGAGGGCGCGAACUUGGAGCAGAUCACGAUGAAGACGGUGUGCAAGCAGGUGUACAGCCACUACCCGGACUUCGACCUCGCGCACAAGAAGGACUUCAUCAAAGCGACCGUCAAGUCGUGUAUUUAA